AUGGAUUGGAAUGUAGAGCUGAUUUCUCGUAUCUUUAAUGCGAGAGAUCAAAAGUGCAUUCUAGCACUUCCAUUGAGCUGGAGAGAACCCAAGGACGCUUUGACGUGGGCUUUCUCUAAAGAUGGUUUAUACUCGACUAAGAAUGCAUACAUGUUGGGUAAGGGCUGCAAUUUUGAUGAUUUUCAUCAAGUGUGGGUUUUUAUUUGGAGCCUAGAAGUGUCACCUAAGGUACGACACUUUCUAUGGAGGUUUUGUACGGGUACUCUGCCCACAAAAGGCCUCCUUAUGGCGCGACAUAUGAUUGAGGAAGCCUUCUACCCGUGGUGUGGAGAGGUGGAGACGAGCUUCCAUGCUAUUUUUGAGUGUGUGCGAGUUGAGGAGCUUUGGGAAGAUUGUGGCUGCUCCUCCCUCCGUGCAAGAGCUGUAGGGGAUCUUUGUGAAUUAGUGCUCAGUUGGAAGAACGCAAGUGCAAAGCUACAACAGAGGGCUGCUUAUUUGGCUUGGUGUGUGUGGGGUGACAGAAAUAAGAAGGUUUUUGAAGGCACAUGGACACCAAAUGGGGUACUUGCGGCCAGAGUUGGCAGACUGGUAGAGGAGUUUGGGCUAUAUAGUAAGAAAAUUUACACCUCAAAUAUGCCCAAAGCAAAGAGAAGCAGCAAGAUCUGGAAACCACCCCCUGCUGGAGCAAUUAAGAUCAAUGUGGACGCAUCCCUUGCUGUUGAGGGCUGGGUGGGGAUGGGUGUGAUUGCAAGAGAUUGUGAGGGGAAGGUCCUUAUGGCAGCAACCAGAAGGGUCUGUGCUUGGCUUGCGAAAGCUUACGGAUUCAAUGAUAUUAUAGUGGAGACCGAUUGCCAAGGGCUUGUAAAUCGCCUUUCAAAAGCUGAUGUUUUCCUUUCUGAUUUGGAUAAUGUGUUAGAAGAUGUUCUUUCUUUAAGCCUUAGUUUUAAUUCAAUAGCUUGGAGUCAUGUUAGAAGAGAUGGCAAUUUUGUUGCUCAUCACUUAGCCAAGCUCUUGCCUAGCGGUGUAAAACAAGUAUGGGUGAAUCAUUGCCCUCCGGAGAUUUCACCUUAUGUACUCUCGGACAUUUUGUCCUUUAAUUGA